AUGCCUCAGCGUCAGAAGAGUCCAGGAUGCCCACAGAAUCAACACCUUCAGAUCUUCACUCAGUCCCAGGGUCUGGAGGUUACACAGGUGUCCAGAGCUGUAGAGGAGACCCAUCUCUCCUCCCAUUCUGUAAUGCCUGGCAGUUUGAAGGAGGAUCCUGAUGCUGGUCUUCCCUAUACUCCUCAAAGUCCUCAGAGUUUCUGUUCCUCUUCCAUUGCUAUCAGAGCCACCUCACCCAGCAAAUCAGAUGAAGGGCCCAGUAGCAAAGAAAGGGAGGAUAGCCUAAGCACCUCACAGCCUCUGCCAGACCCCGAGAAUGUGCUUCUGGAUGCAGUAGAUACAAAAGCAGCCAUGUUGGUGAAUUUCUUGAUGCUCAAGUAUCAGAUGAAAGAGCCAGUCACAAAGGCAGAUAUGUUGAAGAUUGUCAUCAGAGAGCAUGAAGUCCACUUCCCUGAGAUCCUCUUAAGAGCAUCUGAGCGCAUGGAGAUGGUCUUUGGCAUUGACCUGAAGGAAGUGGAUCCUGCCAACCACCGCUAUGACCUCCUCAUCAAAUUGGGCCUCACCUAUGAUGGGAUGCUGCAUGGUGAAGUGGGCAUGCCCAAGACCGGCGUUCUCAUACUUAUCCUGGCUGUGAUCUUCAUGAAGGGAAACCGUGCCACCGAAGCCGAAAUCUGGGAAGUUCUGAAUGUGACCGGGAUAUAUUCUGGAAGGAAGCACUUCAUCUUUGGGGAGCCCAGGAAGCUCAUCACCGAAGAUUUUGUGAAAGAAAAAUACCUGGAGUACCGGCAGUUGGCCAACACUGAUCCUGCCCAGUUUGAGUUCCUGUGGGGCCCCAGAGCCCAUGCUGAAACCACCAAGAUGAAGGUCCUGGAGUUUCUGGCCAAGGUUCAUGGGACUGACCCAAGUUCUUUCCCAUCUCAGUAUGAGGAGGCUUUGCAAGAUGAAGAAGAAAAAGCUCGAGCCAGAAUUCCAGGCAGGGCUGUCUCUCCUUCUUUGGCCACUGCAAGUUCUGGUGCCAAGACCAGUAGCUUCUCUCAUACCUAG